GCGGGGCCGCUUUCGGCGGGCGGCGGAGGCGCGGUCGCAGCGCUCACGGGCCGGGGGCGGCGGGCGGGGGGCGAGCGGCGUCGGAACAGGGCUGCACUCCCCUUUCCCGAUCCCCGCGCGCGUCCCUCUCUAGACGCUGGAAGCGACCGCGUGCCGGAAAAUGCCGCCGGGGCGGCGCGCAGGCGGCGGAGCGGGGCCCCGGCUUUCCCCGCCCCUCCUGCCGCCAUCUUUGGAAGGUCAAGCGAGCCGUCCCCGUCCCGCCGCGUCGCUGUCUCGUCCCGCCGCGUUCCCGCCGCCUCCCCGUGCUUCCCCGCCGUCUCCACUCUGACACGAUCCGCCCCCGUCCCGGACCCCCUCCGCUGCAGGGAAAUGCAGGAGAACGCGAAAGCAUCGGGGCAGAGCAGCCGCUGGAGGUGCCCGAGCCGUCUCCCCCUUGCCCGCAGGGCCGGAGUUGCCCACCGCCGGCAGCUGACAGCUACGCUGACAGCACGGGCGGCUCCGGCACGCUUUGCCUCGCUGUGUUCCGGUGCCGUGCUGCUGCGGGAGGACGGGGCCAGCGCUCCAAAGGCCAGAGCAGAGCGCUGGCGAAUGGGAGGCGAGGAAGGCUUGGGCUAAGGAUGGAUUGCAACCGGGCUGCCUGUAAGUGCGCAGAGAGACCUUUGUCAUCCACGCUGCCAAAAGGAGCACCUGGUACACCCUAUAGGCGUGCCUUGUGUUUCACGUGUUUUCAUUUCCUGUUUGUGUCAUCCCAAAAAGCAGGGACGGAGCAAAUGGGACUGGUUCCCACUGUUGCUGUGUGAAGGCUUUUUACAGGCUGCUGUAUUGAUGUCAUCUUUUUUUCACCCCAAGCUUGGCUUCUCCCAUCCUUUUCCCGUGGCUGCUGAAUUGGGUGUUCCCAGGAGGGCUGGGUUCCUCAGCAGGGGUCUUAGGAGUUGCUGUGGAUUCUGAUUUUUCUGAAGCUGUAUGGAGGCGUGCUAGCGAAUCAGCUCUUUUCUCUCCUGAGAAGCUUUCCAUCUAUGUCCACCCGUGCCUCUCUGUGUUUUAAUCACGUCCGUGCUGGAGAGUGGGAGAAGGGUCCCUGCUGGCUGCCGUGUCCUGGGUGGGCACAGAGCUCUGACCUUGGCCAGAUGGGCUGGUUUCCGGGUGUUUUGAUCCUGACGUCGCCAAAGCCUCAGGCUUCUCUCCCGGGGCCCUUGCCGUUGCUGUAUCUCUUGGAUGCCGUGCAGAACGGAAUCAGGCAGCCAAGCCUCAGGUUCACCUUCUCCCUCACCCUCUGCGCUGCUCGUGUGGCACAGCAGAUCCUGAAGCCAGAGGAGCACGUGUACAUAAGGGUAAAGAGAUUCCUUCUGUCGCACCGGUGUUUGGACCUGAGGAAGGUACCGGGUUUUCUCCAGCUUUUCUACAGUUUUGAUUUUGAGAAAACAGAGCGCGAGUGGAUCCUCAGAUUUCUUGGGGAAGGGCUGCGUGACAAACAUUGCUGUGAGCUCUAUGUCUACCAGAGGAUUUUCCGGGUCAUUCUUGCCUUUCUCAGCAGUCCUUUGUGUGACCAGGGCUCCCAGAGUCCUAUUCUGGAGAUACGACAGAGUGCUGCCCGUGUCACCUCUAGAGCUGCCCAUGAGCCGAUAGAGGAUCACAGCCUCCUCUCGUGGGUCCUGCACGGCUUAGAGAAAAGGACCUGCUGCACAGGAAGUGGCACAGUAAUGGAUUUGAGCUGUCUAGAACGUUACUUCUCCUCCCCUUGCCUCUCCCUGACAAAAAAAAUCUCUUCUGCAAGCACAGAGUGCCCUGACAGGUUCAGGUUUCUGGAGAACAAGGUGAUAAAUAAAAUGAUUUCCUUACUCCAUCCUCUAUGGCUAAUAAAUUUAGGAGACAAGAGAGAAAACAGGAAUCGGUCCCAGAUGCUGCUGUUGAGAUGGAUAUAUGAUCUAUCUAUCUGUAUAUAGAUAUAUGUAUAUACGUAUAUCUGUGUAGUGAUAAUAAUGGGAGUUUUUAUGAUACGUUGCUUCACCGUUUUAUAUUUUUAAUAAAGUGUGAUUUUAAGUUAUUAGUUAUGAUAUUUUAUUAUAGUUAUUGGCUAAAGUAACAUUUUCUUGUAUUUUAUUGGUAUCAAGUAAUUAAUGUUAAUCAUGAAUUGGUAAGAGUUUGUAAUGAAUUAUUAAGCUAUGAAUAUUGUUCAUUAAGGUACGUCUUUUUUAACUGUAGGUAUUUUCAUGUGUUUAUAUGGGUUUUUAUGUUAAUGAUUUGGGGUUUUUAUGUUAUGAAUAUAUUAGUAUUUUAUUAGGUUUUUCUUGUUAGUUUAGUUGUUUGGUGUGUAGAUUAUUCAUUAAGUAUGUUUAUCUAUAAAUGUUUUAAAUUUAAGUUAUAAAUCUACUUGUUAAGGAUUUUUGUAGAGUUCUAUGUAAAAAUUUAAAUCGGUAGGGGAGAUAAAAAGCAGUAAUUAUUAAUAAGAUGAGUAUUUUAGUUUUUAAUAAUGAUUUAAGUUAUUUAGUGAUGUUUUAAUUCUUGAAAAUAUUAUUUCGUUAUUUUUUAUUUAUGUGUGAUUGAUUAAUUUAAAAUUUUUGUAAUGUUUUUGUAAAUUGAUUUCUUGUGAUUUCAUCAAUUUAUAUAUUUUUUAAAUGUUUUAUAUUUAUGAUUAUGUGUGAAUAAUAAAAAAUGAACAGUUGUUUUAUUUUGUAAGGUA